GCGUGACCGAGAGCGCACUGUCACGUGACGUGCGUGGCGACGUGUCGGCCAUCUUGUGUUGUUGAGGCUGAGGACUGACUUGGGUUCUGAGAGACUCCCUGUCCGGGACCGCAGUGUUAAAAGGGCCGGAAAAAUCUGCUCAAACCUCCUGCUGUGAACCAGCAGAACUUUUGAACAGGAUCGAACUCAGUGACUCAUUCACGUGAGGCAAGCAGUCAACCACUGAGCUACAAUCCCAGCCCUCACAAGGUUUCUCCCCAUAUAAAACUCUUUAUAAAAAUACGGAGAAGAAUGGCAGCGGAGACGCAGACACUGAACUUUGGGCCUGAAUGGCUCCGAGCUCUAUCCAGUGGUGGGAGUAUUACGUCCCCUCCUCUUUCUCCAGCAUUGCCGAAGUAUAAAUUAGCAGAUUAUCGCUAUGGCAGAGAAGAAAUGUUAGCACUUUUUCUUAAAGACAACAAGAUACCUUCAGACCUUCUGGAUAAAGAAUUUCUGCCUAUCCUACAGGAAGACCCCCUGCCACCAUUGGCUCUGGUACCCUUUACAGAAGAAGAACAGAGAAACUUUUCCAUGUCUGUAAAUAGUGCCGCUGUCCUGCGAUUGACAGGACGAGGAGGAGGAGGAACAGUGGUGGGGGCUCCUAGAGGUCGAAGUUCUUCAAGAGGGAGAGGCAGAGGUAGAGGUGAAUGUGGUUUCUACCAAAGAAGUUUUGAUGAAGUAGAGGGUGUGUUCGGUCGAGGAGGUGGCAGGGAAAUGCAUAGAUCACAGAGCUGGGAGGAAAGGGGUGACAGACGUUUUGAAAAACCAGGGCGAAAAGAUGUAGGGAGACCAAAUUUUGAGGAAAGUGGACCAGCAUCAGUAGGGAGAAAGCAUGAAUUUAUACGAUCAGAAAGUGAAAAUUGGCGUAUCUUUAGAGAGGAACAAAAUGGAGAAGAUGAAGAUGGAGGUUGGCGACUAGCUGGACCCAGAAGGGAUGGAGAGAGGUGGCGUCCUCACAGUCCUGAUGGCCCUCGUUCUGCAGGCUGGCGGGAACACAUGGAACGCCGUCGGAGGUUUGAGUUUGAUUUUCGAGAUCGGGAUGAUGAACGAGGUUAUCGAAGAGUGCGCUCUGGCAGUGGGAGCAUAGAUGAUGACAGGGAUAGUUUGCCUGAAUGGUGCUUAGAAGAUGCUGAAGAAGAAAUGGGCACGUUUGACUCAUCUGGAGCAUUCCUCUCUUUAAAAAAAGUACAGAAAGAGCCUAUUCCUGAAGAGCAGGAGAUGGACUUCCGACCUGUGGAGGAAGGGGAGGAGUGUUCUGACUCUGAGGGUAGCCAUAAUGAAGAGGCCAAAGAACCUGAUAAGACCAAUAAGAAAGAGGGAGAGAAAGUAGAUAGAGUAGGAGUUGAAGCUAGUGAGGAAAUACCCCAAACUUCGCCAUCAUCUGCUCGACCAGGUACUCCUUCAGAACAUCAACCUCAGGAAGCAGCAUCACAGUUUGAGAGGAAAGAUGAGUCUAAAACUGAGCAAAUGGAAAAAGCUGAAGAGGAGAUUCGGACGGAAAACAGUCUGCCAGCCAAGGUGCCCAGCAGAGGGGAUGAAAUGGUUCCUGACAUCCAGCAGCCCCUGACACAGCUCCCUCCAGACCCAGCCUCUCCUCUUCUCAUACUUCCACCUCCUGUUACUGCUCCCAGUCCUGCCUCGAGGCCAGUGGAGAUGCCAGUUGUUGGUGCUCCUGGUAUGGGUGGUGUUUCCACAGAGCCAGAUGAUGAAGAGGGUCUCAAACACUUGGAGCAGCAAGCUGAGAAGAUGGUGGCUUAUCUCCAGGACAGUGCACUAGAUGAUGAGAGACUAGCAUCAAAACUGCAGGAGCACAGAGCUAAAGGAGUGUCAAUUCCAUUGAUGCAUGAAGCAAUGCAGAAGUGGUAUUACAAAGAUCCUCAGGGAGAAAUUCAAGGUCCCUUUAAUAAUCAAGAGAUGGCGGAAUGGUUUCAGGCUGGCUACUUUACUAUGUCUUUGUUGGUGAAGAGAGCAUGUGAUGAAAGCUUCCAACCUCUCGGUGAUAUCAUGAAGAUGUGGGGAAGAGUUCCCUUCUCCCCAGGCCCAGCUCCCCCUCCUCAUAUGGGGGAGUUGGACCAGGAACGAUUGACCAGGCAGCAGGAACUCACAGCCUUGUACCAGAUGCAGCACCUCCAGUACCAGCAGUUCUUGAUACAACAACAAUACGCACAGGUUUUGAAUCAGCAACAGAAAACAACCUUGCCAACCCAGCAACAGCAACAGUUGGCUCUUCUCCUCCAACAGUUCCAGGCUCUAAAGAUGAGAGUAUCUGAUCAGAACAUCAUUCCCUCAGUAACUAGGUCUGUGUCAGUGCCAGAUACUGGCUCUAUCUGGGAACUUCAGCCAACAGCCUCACAGCCUACAGUUUGGGAAGGUGGAAGUGUAUGGGAUCUUCCCCUGGAAACCACAGCACCAGGCCCUGCCCUGGAACAGCUUCAGCAGCUAGAGAAAGCCAAAGCUGCAAAGCUAGAGCAGGAGAGAAGAGAGGCAGAAAUGAGGGCAAAACGGGAAGAGGAGGAGCGAAAGAGGCAAGAAGAGCUCCGGAGACAACAGGAGGAAAUUCUUCGGAGGCAGCAGGAGGAAGAGAGGAAAAGGCGGGAGGAAGAAGAGCUUGCCCGAAGGAAACAGGAAGAGGCUCUGCGACGCCAGAGGGAGCAAGAAAUUGCAUUAAGACGACAGCGAGAAGAGGAAGAAAGACAACAGCAAGAAGAAGCUCUCAGACGACUGGAGGAAAGGAGAAGAGAAGAGGAAGAAAGGCGGAAGCAGGAAGAAUUGUUACGCAAGCAGGAAGAGGAGGCUGCCAAAUGGGCCCGGGAAGAAGAAGAAGCCCAGCGUCGAUUAGAGGAGAACCGGCUUCGAAUGGAAGAGGAGGCAGCCAGACUCCGGCAUGAAGAGGAAGAGCGGAAGAGAAAAGAGCUUGAGCUGCAGCGGCAAAAGGAGCUUAUGCGCCAGAGGCAACAGCAGCAAGAGGCCCUGCGCAGGCUACAGCAGCAGCAGCAGCAGCAGCAGCUGGCACAGAUGAAGCUCCCCUCUUCUUCAACGUGGGGCCAGCAGUCUAAUACAACAGCUUGUCAGUCCCAGGCCACACUGUCAUUGGCUGAAAUCCAAAAACUUGAAGAAGAACGAGAACGGCAACUUCGAGAAGAGCAAAGGCGCCAGCAGAGGGAAUUGAUGAAAGCUCUCCAGCAGCAGCAACAGCAGCAGCAGCAGAAACUCUCGGGUUGGGGGAAUGUCAGCAAACCUGCAGGCACCACGAAGUCUCUUCUGGAGAUCCAGCAGGAAGAGGCCAGGCAGAUGCAGAAGCAGCAGCAGCAACAACAGCAACAGCAGCACCAGCAACCAAACAGAGCCCGGAAUAACACACAUUCCAACCUGCACACCAGCAUUGGGAAUUCUGUUUGGGGCUCUAUAAAUACUGGUCCUCCUAACCAGUGGGCAUCUGACCUAGUCAGUAGUAUCUGGAGUAAUGCUGACACUAAAAACUCCAACAUGGGAUUCUGGGAUGAUGCAGUGAAAGAGGUGGGACCUAGGAAUUCAACAAAUAAAAAUAAAAACAACGCCAGUCUCAGUAAAUCUGUAGGUGUGUCUAACCGGCAGAAUAAGAAAGUAGAAGAAGAAGAAAAGUUGCUGAAGCUCUUUCAGGGAGUAAAUAAAGCCCAAGAUGGAUUUACCCAGUGGUGUGAACAGAUGCUUCAUGCCCUUAAUACGGCAAAUAACUUGGAUGUUCCCACAUUUGUUUCUUUCCUGAAAGAAGUAGAAUCUCCCUAUGAGGUCCAUGAUUAUAUCAGGGCCUACUUAGGAGAUACUUCUGAGGCCAAGGAGUUUGCUAAGCAGUUCCUUGAGCGCCGUGCCAAACAAAAAGUUAACCAGCAGCGUCAGCAACAGCAGCAGCAGCAACAGCAGCAGCAGCAGCAGCAGCAGCAACAGCAGCAGCAGCCACCACCGCCGCCACCACAGGACUCUGUGUGGGGAAUGAACCACAGUACACUCCAUUCAGUAUUUCAGACCAAUCAAAGCAACAAUCAACAAUCCAAUUUUGAGGCUGUGCAAAGUGGCAAGAAGAAGAAAAAACAGAAGAUGGUCCGAGCAGAUCCCAGUUUAUUAGGAUUUUCAGUCAAUGCAUCAUCAGAACGACUCAACAUGGGUGAAAUUGAGACUCUGGAUGACUACUGAGCACCUGCCAGGCACUCACUUCCCUCUCCUCUCUGCCGACCAUGGAUUCUCCACUUUUGGACACAACACGUACUCAUCAUUUACUCUAUAUCACUCUGCAACAAAUCACAGAACCGAUCAUCUCAGGCUUUUUCUUCUAGCCCCUUGUGUCCAAGAUUCCUUAAACCGUUUUUGUUGGUGAGCAUCUCAGACUGUACACAAGUGGACCAGACCCUGUGUCGGGGUUGACAGGUGGGAUUGCUCCCCAGCAAGGCUGAUCUUGGCAGCACAUUUUCACUGUGCCGUGAUUUCAUCUACUGCCUCCCAGAGAGUAUAGUAUGUUGGGAUCUGCCAAGGGCAGCUUACUUCUCUUGUCACUUUUUCCCUUCUGUUUUGUUUUUUCUUCUUUCCCCCCAUAAGGGCAAAAGGUCUAACUGGUGCAAUCAUGAAGAGAGUUAAUGGUUAACAGACAUUGGCCAGCAACAAAACACCCCAUGAACUGUGACUCGAGUGUCUGCAGAGACAGCCAGAGCUCUCCCAGUCUGGAGGUUGCAUUGCCACUGCUAACUUCGGAUUGCAUCACAGAGGCCCCGAGUGGGUGGAGUUUGGGUUGAUUGGUUUGAUGUUGCACACCCCUUGCCUGUUCUUUCUGAACAUCCUUUCAGAGAAAGGAUUCAUGUUUUUCUUCAUUAGAUAGUGACUUCUGAGCAAGCUGACUUCUCCCCUGGCAUACUCCACCCUGAUUGGACAAAGGAAACCCUGUGGCCUGGGAGAGGGACUUAUUCUUAAUUUUUCUUUCUUAAAAAAAAACAAAAAACAAAAAACAAAAAAACUGAUUUUUUUUUCCCCCCAUAAAUAUUUUUACUUCAGAGGACUAGGACCAGUUUGUUUUGGGCCCUUCUGCUGAAAAUUUGUCUCGUUUAAGAGGCAGCUAGGAUCUAUACCAUAUGUAUGAAUUUGUAUAAUUUCAUUUUGGGUAGGGAUAAACUUUUGCUUCCGAUAAAAGCCCGGAAUUUCAUCUGGUUCCUCAGAGCAUUGCGUGUGUGUCUUGCUGUGGCCCUGAACAGGUUUUGUUUAAAGAUUCUGGGAUGGCAAGUUGCUUGCCUUUUCUGCAAAGAGAACAUACAAAACCUGACCAUCUGUAAGACCUUCAUCCAUGGAAACCACUACACAGGAGGAAGCAGUGGGAUGGAGGGGUGGGCGAGAAUGGGGUGGAGAAGCCUGCUCUGGCUUCUGGUGCUGGCCUCCUCGCACCCUGUCACUUCAAGUAGAACUGUACUCAGCGCUGUUUAUAAACAAGCCCUCUUCCUGCUGCCACCACACCCCACAGAACAUCACCCAGAAUGGCCAGUCACACCUUGGAGGGAGCCAUGUGCCGGCUGUGCCUGUGUGAGAGGUGCUGUGGUGGGGCGGCUGCCAGGUGGAGCACCUUUCCUUUCUGUCAUCUGCGCCUGGAGAAAGCUGGAGUUGCUCUGAGAGCAGUUUGGUUUUGGAGGAUUAUAUUUGGUUUCUAUUUUUAUUAUUUUGGAUUACCAUUCUCCCUAUCCUCUCUUGCCUCCCUCCCUCCUAAACAUGUACAAUAACUAUACAGAGACUGCUACAAACUUGUAUAUAGUUUUUGGAUCAAAUAGCAUGAGGAGAUGGGGAUCUGUUAAAAUUGGAACUCCUACUCCUUUGCUUUGUAAAUUCAAAAGUGGGGGGUGGGGAAGAGGGAUAGUUAAAAUGUUUACAAAACUUUAAGCUCCCUCGGAACUUUUGCCAGUGUGGAGGAAAAUAAAAAAGAACUUAAAUAAAACAUGGUUGGUUCUCUCUGAGUGCACCUCUCGUGCCCCUCCUUGUGGAGGCUGAGUUUUGCACUAGAUCAUUCCCCUUGGCAGCAUGGAACAGCUCCAGGCCAUGGUGACCUCCCAAGACUUGGAGGUGGUUCUCCCUGCCAGGCUAUGGGGCACGGCCGGGUCUGUAUUGGAGAAGGUAGAGGUCAAGGUAAACAUGGGAGAGUUUGAUCAGUGGCUUUCCUCCUCUGACUCUCCCUUUCUGCCUCCCUGCGGAUCUGCUCCACCCUGAAACCACAGACACACACCCUCUGAAUGUGCCUCAGAGUCGGCCACAUUUUCUAAAGCAGACUCUGCUACUUAUUUGGGGAAAAUAAAAAUAAGCUUUUAAAAAAUUGGAAGUGGAGUGGGCAGAUGAGCAGAACAAAAGUCAAUUUUAGUCAUAGAACAUUCCAUUUGCCUAAUCAGGAGAUUUGCUUCUGUCUGAAGACUUUCCUACUCAGUGGAAAGAAACCAAUCUUCUCAAGCAUGUUUCUGUCUCAGCUCUACCCUUCAUAUUCUCCUUUGCUUGCAGCCACCACUCUUCAGGGGUUUUCCCUUCACUCUUCAGCUUUUGUUGUUGUUGUUUGUUAUUGUUUUUGCUAGGAGAGGGAGGUAUUCUGGGGAUGGAACCCUGGACCUAGUGUGAGUUAGGCAUGCACUCUGCCACUGCACUACACCCCUAGUCCCUUCCCAAGUUUUAAAGUAAAAUUGUCCCUUGGUAUCCUCAGGGGAUUGAUGGGUUCCAGGACUCUACAGACAGAACCUUGCCUUCCUAAAGUAUGUACAUCCUCAUGGUUACUUUGUAUUCUCUCUAGAUUGCUGGUAAGGCCUAACACAGAGUAAAUGCACUGUAAGUUGUUACACCAUAUGCAGUUUAGAAACUAAUGAUCUGAGAAAGGUGUGCACGUACUCAGUACAGAGACAGUCCCUACAUUUCCAGUCAAGGGUGGCUGGCUCCAAGGGUACAGAACCUGCAGAUACUGAGGACCAGCUGCGUUUGUUUGUACACUAUCGUUUUUUAAACUCUUUGAGAUUUAAAAAAUGCCCCGUUUGAUUACAGAGACUUACCUCAAAGAUAGUUGGUGUUCUAAUCACCAUUGCUGCAUAGCAAAUGGCCUCCAAAUUGGCUGACAACAACCUCAUUUUGUUGGUGAUUUUGUGGUGAGGAAUUAGGGAAAGACUUGUCUGGGUGGUUCCUUGCAGGGUCUCCUGUGGUUGUGGUCAGAUGUCAGCUGGGACUUUUUUUUAUAAAAAAGGCUUGAUUAAUGAGGUGGGCUCUCCAAGGCAGCCCACCUGUGGGUCUGGAAGUCUAUCCGUCUUCUUUAGGUGGCACCAACUUGUGGACAUCCCCCAAAGAACCAGGUGGAAGCAGUAGUACAAUACCUUUUUCUAACCUAUGCUUUAGAGCAACAUAGUUGCUGCUGUGAUGCUGUAUUCAGAUUCUCAGGGUGGGAGGGUGGAGCACAGCACUCUUAUAUCAUCCUUGAUGGAAGUGGUGGGGGUGGGAGAGAUUAUUGCAGCCCUUCAGGGAAGGUGAUUGAGUAAAAUGAGCUCAGCCAUCUGCAUCAAGCACUUUAUUUCAUUGAUUUAAGUCAAAGUGGUUUGGUUUUGUUUAUUUCAGGAUGAAUCUGAUAAUUCUGGUCUCAAUUUAAAUAAUCUUUAGGGCAUCCAUUUUAUUUACGUGUAUGUAUAUAUAUGCACAUACAUGCUCUAUUUUAUAUAUAGGAUGUAUAAUACACCCUGUUUUAAAAUUGGCCUGGUGACAGAAUUGGCCACUUUAUAGAAAAUGCCUCUGUCUGCAUUUUAAUAAAGAUAAUAAUGUGA